AUCUUUGCUCCCUCCCUCUUCCUUUUUUCUCUCUCCUCAAUCUCUGUCUCUCUCGGGAUUCCAUGGAAUUUUAGAGUUGCCCUUUUGUCAGGGGGGAUUUCGAGGCUCGAUCUUUCAGUUUUAUGGGCGAUUCUUCGAAUUGUUGACCCAUUUUCUGGAGCUUUUAACUUUCAAAAUGGAGGUUCCGGGAGUUGAUGAGAUCACCAAGUCUGACAGCCAUUUGACAUCGGCUGCAGCUUUUGUGGAAGGAGGAGUUCAAGAAGCCUGUGAUGAUGCUUGCAGCAUAUGUCUUGAAGUCUUCAGUGAAAGCGAUCCUUCCACUGUGACUGGUUGCAAACAUGAGUUCCAUCUUCAAUGCAUUCUUGAGUGGUGCCAGAGAAGCUCUAAUUGUCCAAUGUGUUGGCAACCUAUUAGCCUGAAGGAUUCCACCAGUCAAGAGUUGCUUGAGGCGGUAGAACGGGAGAGGAGCUUCAGGUUUAAACCAGCAAGAAAUUCCGCUAUAUUUCGUCAUCCCACUCUUGGGGAUUUUGAGUUACAGCAUUUACCAGUGGGGGUAAAUAAUGAUGAACUUGAAGAACGCAUUAUCCAGCACUUGGCUGCAGCUGCUGCAAUGGGAAGAGCCCACCACAUUGCUCGGAGGGAGGGUUCAAGGAGUCGGUCAUCUGCUCAUGGUCGUCCACAAUUCUUGCUGUUUUCAGCUCAUCCAAAUGCACCGCCUUCGGGUUCUGUUUCUGCUUCUCUAGCUCCGGUAGGUGGGGAAUCCGAGCCAGCCACAAUCAGUGUAGCUACAUCAUCUAUUCCACUUACAGCUGUUGGCGGUGAACCACCACAGCAUAUGCCACCAUUCCUUUCUGUUCAAAAUGAUCAAAUUUUGGCGUCUUCAUCUGGGUCUACUGUCCGACCAAGUACUCGACCAGGAAUCUUCAUAGAUAAUAGGGGCUCUGCUAGUCCAUCCUCCAAUCAAGAUAGAGCAGGACCAUCUGACUUCCAGACAUUUUCAGACACUUGGAAAUCUCGUUUUAAUGCAAUGUCAAUGAAAUACAAAGAGUCAAUUUCUAAGAAUACCAGAGGGUGGAAGGAGAGACUGUUCUCUCGAAGCACUUCUAUGGCAGAUAUUGGUUCUGAAGAUAGGAGAGAAGUGAAUGAAGGCAUGGCUAGUGUAGCUCGCAUGAUGGAGCGCCUUGAAACCAGAGAAAAUAAUCCUAGAGCUAGCCAUGUUUCUGCAUCAAACAGUCUAGCAGAUACUUCAGUUACAGACCAGAGCAACAAUAAUAAUGAGGAGAGUCAUCGUGAAAUGCCACCACUGAACGAAGACAAUAGUGCUGCUUUUGCUGCAAGCUCUGUUUCAAAUUAAGCUGUUAGACAUUAGUUAAGUAGUUGCAUCUUUCCUCAUCAUUGCAUCUUUGAAGGUUGUCAAUUACUUGUCUCCAAAUAUGACAUGCUGAGAAGAAGAUGCAUUGCAUUUCAGUUCAAGGGGCUGGAAAUAGACUUGAUCAUUCAUGGUUUCCUGAUUCUAAUAUAUGUGAGAGAGAGAGAGAGAGAGAGAGUUUCCUUCUUGGCAAAACUAAAUAUAUUCCAUUUGCUAUAUUGCCUGUAAAUUUGUUGAUAUAAAAAGGCGGAUUUCGUACCGGAUAAUCAGGAGAAUUUGGCAGAGAUGUUAUGUGUUUCAAUGUUUUUGCUUAUUUGACUCUGAAUAAAAUGCAGCCUUGUUAUUGAAUUUUAU